AUCAGAAGGUGCUCGCCCAGCUCAGGCAGAGCUCUGAGACUCCAGCUGGACUUGCACCUGCUGCUGCAGGUCAAAAGGGCAAGGGCCAGGGUGACAGCACCAUGUGGCUGCCCCCAGCCCUGCUGCUGCUCAGCCUCCCAGGCUGUUUCUCCAUCGAAGGCCCAGGGUGUAUGAAAGGCUCAGAGAAGGGGUCGGUGACUGUACAGUGUCGCUACGACGCAGGAUGGGAGACCUACAAAAAGUGGUGGUGUCGAGGAGCCAGCUGGGAAUGGUGCAGUAUCCUUGUGCGAACCCAAGGCUCAGAGCAAGAGGAGAAGAGUGGCCGUGUGUCCAUCAGGGACAACUGGAGAGCCCGCCAGUUCACGGUGACCAUGGAGCUGCUCAGGCAGGACGACGCGGGCACGUACUGGUGUGGGAUCCAGAAGUUCGGAACUGACCUUGGGGCACGGGUGAAAGUGAUCGUUGAGCCCGAGGGAAAAGCCACCACACCAAGGUCUCCUCCUGAACAGCUGGUCAUGCCAACCACCAGCAGCGCGGUUACGUUGAUGUCCUUCCAGCGGACCCACUACGUGCUCCUGGUGUUUGUGAAGGUGCCCAUCUUGCUCGUCCUGGUCGGCGCUGUCCUCUGGUUGAAGGGGUCUCGGAGGGUCCCCGAGAAUCGAUGGGAACAGCCCGUCUAUAUAAACUUGCACUCUGAAAUUCUGACCAAUGGCCCGGCCCCUUAGACGGGAGCCUUCCCCGGGGCCCCAUUUCCAGAGAUGCAGGACGUGGAGGAAGCACCCCGAGUUCACAGGGUGACUGGGUGACCUGGCGGCUGGAGCACCCUUCCUGUUCUGCAAAGCGUGGGACGCAGCCUGGGCCCUCCUGAGGUGUGACUGCCACCGAGUGCCAGCACCUUGCUGCAGUCUUCAGGCAGCAGGUGCCCUGUCCCCAGCCCACGGGGUCGGGGUCCUGUGGGAGCUGCAGGGACGGAGCCCAGACUUCAGAGCUGAGUCCCCACUCCUGGAGUAAGGCGUCCACCAUGCCUGGGCGGAGCACGAGAGGAAGACAGCAAGGGGACCUGCCAGCCCCGGACUCCGACGUCCCUGAAACAGCUCAACAUCCCCUUUGCUGAGCACCUUCUCUAUAUACAUUUUUCAUCUUUUUUCCUUGAGCUAGUCAAGUUGGGUUAUGAUGACUCAGGUUCAUGAGAUCUCUGGCGGACCCCUCCCUACACAUGGGGGCAGGGUGCGUUCUGACACUGCAGUGAGUUCCUGGUUCUGGAGCAAGAGGCUGGAUGUCCCCUGCCCAGGCAGGACGUGGUUCUGAGUCUGCAGGUGAGGGGAACCAUGAGCCUCCUGGGCCCGGUGCUGGGCUCUUCCCUCCUUCCCCUUCCCCUGCCCUCCCCCUCCCCCUCCUCUUCCUCUC